UAAAACAUUUCAUAAACCCUGUCCCUCUCAAAAACCCUAUUAAUCUCCGUCACUCUCAAAACAAAAACAAAAUCAAAGAAAAAAAUCAGAGGAAAAUGGCAAUGGUUUUUUUGAGACGAUCCAUUGCUUCAAGAAAUACAAUGGCCAUGCUAAUUAGAAGCUAUUAUACUACUAAUUCUAAUAAUUUUAUUUCUAUUCAAAGCGGCAAUUUGAUAGAAAUUAAAUCUAAUUUUACAAGCUUUGAUUUCUUUGCUGAAUCUCGUCGAGCCUAUGCCAAAGGCAGAAAAUCAAGGGAUGAUUCUGAUGGAGAUACUCUUCAAGUUGCGGCUAGUAUAGGCCCUGCUGUUAAAGAAAGCGCCGCGUCUCAGAUGGAUACGGCUAUAGUCGCGUUGUCUCGUGAAUUGACUAAAUUACGAACGGGACGGGCUUCUGCGGGAAUGCUUGACCACAUUCUUGUGGAGUAUGAUGGUGUCAAAAUGCCUUUGAAUCGGAUUGCUGUUGUUUCUGUUUUGGAUCCUAAAACGUUGUCUGUAAAUCCUUAUGAUCCCAAUGCACUUAAGGCACUAGAAAAGGCUAUUGUUUCAUCUCCUUUCGGGAUAAAUCCUCAGGUGGAUAGUGAGCGGUUAAUUGCACCUAUACCACCAUUAACUAAAGAGCAUAUGCAGGCUAUGUGUAAGGUGGUUGCAAAGUCUUGUGAAGACGUUAAACAAAGCAUAAGAAGGGCUCGCCAGAAGGCACUGGAUACAAUAAAGAAAGCAGGUUCGAGUUCUAAGGAUGACGUGAAGAGAUUGGAAAAAGAGGUUGAUGAAUUGACAAAGAAGUUUGUCAAGUCAGCAGAAGAUAUCUGUAAAGCAAAGGAAAAGGAAAUUACUGUGGGUUGCUAAAUGAGUAUUGAGAUAGUGCAACUGUUAGAUCAGGAUUUCACAUUUUAAAUAACCAAAAGAAAUACAACGGUAAUAUUAUUCAUUGAAUUGUUUUGUACAAGUUUUGUACAACUGUUAGAUCAGAAAUCCAUAUUUAAUAUUACCAAAUAAAAAAUACUUGAUUGAA